AGCUGCCGUCCCCCGAUGGAAUCGCCAUAUCCCUCUCUUCCUGACAGAGUAUGGGACCUUCCGUUUCUCUCCGCCGGCGUGUCUGGCAUCGUUCUCCAGCUCUCUGACUCAGCUGUUGUCAAAGUACCCUGUGGCGAACCGAACCGAACUGCCGUUCAGACUGAGCGUGCAAUCUACAAGCGACUGGGCUCUCAUCCGUGUAUCACCAAGCUACUCUAUGCGCAUAGAGACAUGCUUGUGCUUGAACGCCUCCAGUACCCUCUGCGCAAGCGACUUCAGGACCUCCACGCCGCCGGAAGAUUUCCGCUCCAUGAAGACGUCCUGCGCUGGGCUCUUCAGCUUGCGCAGGCCCUUCAUCACGUUCACUUAUCCGGCGUACUGCAGGUGGAUAUAGGUACAUAUAAUGCGUUGCUCGACUGGGACGACAAUGUAAAGUUAUGCGACUUUGCUGGAUCAUCCAUUGACGGAUCUAUCCCGACUGUAUUUCCUAGUAUACAUUCUCAGCACCCGAACAUUCCUGCGAAGGCGCCCUCAGUUCAAUCCGAGCUAUUUGCGCUCGGAUCUAUGCUCUAUGAGGUAGAGACUAUGCGGAAACCAUACCACGACCAACCCGAUUCCGAUAUCACCAGGCUGUACGCUGCCGGGGAAUUCCCAGAUACUAGUGCGCUGCUGCUCGGAGGGGUCGUUACAAGAUGCUGGAGAUCGGAGUACAAGGAUGUUGCGCAAGCAAUAGAAGAUGUUAGCCUUGUUCAGGAUGAGAUACGGAGUUUUAGCGAGUCGAGCUUGGGUGGGAACCGCGGCGCUCAAACGCAGGGGGGUUAAGAGACGCCUCAUAGACAUCAAGUCGCCGAAUUCAUUCGCCCCGAUCUUUACACAUGCGGACCAGCUUAUCUAGAAAGGGCCUCAAGAACGCUCCCCAAUUACCGUCCACUCUCUCAUCUAUCCCAGGGAGCUCGUAUGUUCCCCUUAAAGACUAUUCCAGUCUUAAGUAUAUCCGUUCCGAACCCCCGUCUAUUCGCACGUGCGACGUUCUUUGCAUCCAGCGGCGUUCGACGCAAGCCAACAUGGAUUCCAG